AUGGACACUGAUGGUGAAAGUGCACUGGAAAAGUUUAAAUCGUUUACAGGAUGCGAGGAUAACGCAGAAUGUGAGCAAUUGAUAGAAGCAUGUGAUGGUGAUGUUGCAAGAGCAGCUGAUCUCUACUUUCAACAGCGCCCAGUCAUAUCGUCAAAGGAUCCUCAAUGUUCAUCAUCAUCUAAUAGUAAUACUGGUCAUGAUACUAAUGCUAACGGUAAUCGACGCAUCACACGCUCGAGUAGUAAGCAUACUCUCACAAACAUGGCUGGUCCUUCAAAAGCACGACAUGCGGUCACAUUCAACGGCUCUACCCGAUCAAGUAUUCUCAACAAGGAUAGCCAAAAAUGCAAUGAAACAGAUGUGCAUAAUGAUGAUGAUUGUAUGAUAGUUGAUGAAGAUGUCAGAGCUCCAAUAGCACCAGUCCGGGGACCGAUUGUUGAGCAGUCAUUCCAUCAGCAGUAUGAGGAUCGUUUGGCUGCAUUUCAAAACGGCACUUCAACAGCAAACGCAGCGACGCGUACAGGUCGUCGAUCGCUACAAGUUCUCUUCCGACCGCCCGUCGAACUAAUCUUUCGUGGCGAUUGGGAAUUGGUUCGUUAA